UGGUGUAAGGUACAACAUCCAAAAGUAUGACAAAUUUUCCAACCACCAAUUCGUGUUUCCACACGGUCCACACCGACAACAGACAUCAAAACCGUCAAUUUGUAGUUGUAAUUCAUCAAUUUGGAAUAUAUCUCACAGUUUUUUUUAGUUUGCUUUGAAAGGAUCUGCCUGGCGAAAUGGACGAAACGGAGGAAAUGGAUUUUAAUUACUAUUCAGACUCUGAUGAUGCUGGAGAUGAGGAGCACAAGCGCUUACUAGCUGCUAUCUCCAAACUGGAUAAGCGUAAACGGGUGGUUCCAUCAGAGAGGAAAGAACCAAGCUUGCAAGUGUCUGAAUUUCAUCUCUCAAAAGGAGAAGACAGUGUCGAUACAACUGUGAAUUUACGUCACCUCGCUAAAUCAUUGAAUUUAGACACAAAUCAAGUAGACAUUAUCCGCAAACUUAGGGCAACCGAGAAAAAGACUAAGACAUUACCAAAACCUCUUGAAAAGCCUGUUGCAGAGAGGAUAAAGCGAGAAGUAUCAUUUAAGAAUGUACAAAAACAACUAGCACAGUGGGAUCCCAUAGUUAUAAAAAAUCGAGUGUCAGAUGAUCUCGUAUUUCCACUCAAUAGGGCAGCAAUCAAUCAGAUCAAUCCCAAGGAAUUUUUAGACCCAAAUCAGGGGGCAACUGAGCUAGAGAGAGAAAUUGCUGCUGUCCUCAAUGGUAGUGAAAGUGUGCAGAAAGAAAGAGAAGAAGAGGAAGAGUUUCCUUUAAGUCUUGAGGAAAUGGUAAAACGACGCAAAGAGUUAGCACGAUUACGAGUUCAUGAAUCGUAUCGUAAUGCAAAGGCCCAUCGUCAGAACAAAAUCAAGAGUAAAAAGUUUCAUCGCUAUGAACGUCGUGAAUGCAUCCGCAAACAAAUCAAAGAAUUUGAGGAACUUCAGGAAAAGGAUCCUGAAGCUGCUCUUGAACGAUUGGCUGAAAUUGAAAAGCAGAGAGUCUUGGAAAGAGCUUCUCUGCGCCAUCGCUCAACUGGAAAAUGGGCCCAAAAUCAUGCAGUCCGUGCUAAAUAUGACAAGGAGAGUCGUCAAGUCUUGUCAGAGCAGUUGCAAAUUAACAAGGAUCUUACUCAAAAAAUUCAAGUGGAUUCGGAAAGCAGUGAAGAUGAGGCCCCUGAUAAUAAUGUUGCCCCCUCAGACAACCCUUGGAUGUCUCAAACAAAGACAGAGGAAGAUAUUGAUGCUUUUCUCAGCGGUUAUAGAAAAUACUGGGAAGAGAAAGGAAACAAAUCAAAAGAAAACCCUGAAGAGGCACCCAGUAAUGGGAAAGCAUUAGAAGCAUCUUCUGAUGAUGAUAUUGAGGAAGUAGUCCUGGAUCCCAAAGCUAAAGCACUAAUGGCAAGUGCUGUGGAAUCUUACUCUGAAAUUCCUAAUGCCAUGCAGAAAAUUUCUAAGCCUCAAAAACUAGAGGUUUCAUCUAAAGCUCUUCCUAAAGGUAAAAAAGAACUUGAAACCAAAUCUGAAGAUAACAAAAAAUUAAGUUCUGUGUCCAAAAAGAAGCUUAAAACCAAGUCUGAAGAUAACAAAAAGUUAAGUUCUGUUUCUGAAAAGAAACCUAAAACCAAGUCUGAAGGUAGCAAAAAAUUAAGUGCUGUGUCCACUGGAGGCAGCUGGACUGUUACACCACUUGAAACAAGCACCUCAGAUCAUUUUCUUCAUCAUAUGUUUGAUGAUCUUAAUGAGAAGAUGACAGCCAAGGCUCAAAAGAAAAUUGCAGGCUUAAAAGCAGAAAUGGGGAAAGAUGUCUCUAAAAAGAGGAGGUCGAAAGCUGUAGAUCCAUCAAGCCUGUUAGAAUUAAAACGACAGAAACUUAAAAUCGAUCUUGACGAAAAACUUGAUGAAGGCACGGGUGAUAGCCCUGCCGAUGAUGCUGCUGAUCAACUAGCUGAGAAAAUCAAACUGGCUUCCUCUUUGACCUCAGAGAGCAAGAAAUCUGCUGCAGCUCCUGAGCUAGACCCUAAAAAGUUCAUGAAGACUGCCCAAGUCAAGCUGAAAACUGCCCUCCCUGAUGAAAUUACUGGAGGGGAUGAAGGUCUAGAUGACAGUGAUGCAGAGGGUGGACAAGAUGAGAAGCACCUGACCAUUUCUGAAGCAUUUGCCGAUGACGAUGUAGUUGCUGAUUUCAGUCAGGAGAAGCAAGAUGCUAUUGAGAAGGAUAAACCGGAGGACAUCAACCUUGUCCUUCCUGGUUGGGGUAGCUGGGGUGGCCACAACUUGAAGCCAAGCAAGAGGAAACAAAGAAGAUUUAUGGUCAAAAUGCCGGAAGCACCUCCACGGCGCGAUGAAAACAAGGGAAAUUUAAUAAUAAAUGAAAAUGAGGAUAAACCAGUGAGAGAACAUCAGGUCAGCAAUCUCCCAUUCCCUUUCACCAGUGUUAAAGACUAUGAAGCGAGUGUGCGGGCUCCUAUUGGCAACACAUUCAUUCCCCAGACUGCUCAUCGUAAGUUAAUCAAACCCUCGGUUAGCACUAAAAUGGGAGCCAUCAUUACUCCAAUGGAUAAGGAAGAACUGGUGAAGAUGAAGAAAAAGUGACAUGUUGCAUUGGUGUUUAGGAAAUACAAAUAAUUAUAGGUUUAUAGAUGUUUCUAAUAUCUAGUGUUAUUGCAAAUAAAUUAGUAAUUCAUAUGA